AUGAAGAUUUGUGAUUGCGCAUGGCAUGAAAGCAAAACGAUGGCCUCGUUAAUAAGCAUCAUAUUUCACCAGCUGGAAAAGAUAUCAGAAAAGUUGCCGAGAAUAAUGCCAUUAGUCGAUACUGCAAAUGCUUAUUCCUUAAGAUAUGAAAAAAACAAAAGAAAAAUCUUUGUAUUACAUGAAAGUCAUUUUGUUGUUGUUGAUGCUAUUAAACAAUCUACCGAACAUAGUUUCGAAAUCUUCCACCUAAAUUAUUUAGGUUGA